GUGUUCACAGUUCACAAUUAGCCACAGAGUUGUAUAUAUACUUAUAUACAACUCUGUGCAAUUAGCACAACAGAUACGCUGUCAACUGGACAAAAUUUAAAAACAAAUGGCGCCAUAAACUGGCUCUGUGAUUGGCUGCUUAGCAUAAUAUACCACAUCGUUUGCAAGGACGCGAAGUAUAAGAAAUUAAAUUAUAGGUACGUAUAUAAUUAACUUAAGCAAUACAAUUAUACAAAAAAACAAACGAUCACUGCCGUGGCCUUGUCUUUGUAAAGUCGUGUGGUUCAAGGAUGCCUUUGUAGUUAAAUCAAAUCUAAUUUUCUGUUUAAAAACAAAAGCAGGUAGCUUCAACAGGAUGGAAAAAAUUGAAGAAAACAAUAAGUGGACUGAUUGUGUGUUUGUUUUUGAAGAUUUAAAAAUUCCCGCUCAUAAAUUGGUGCUGUCCUAUAAUAGUCCUGUUUUUAAGUCCAUGUUUUAUGGUUCGAUGGCAUCCGCUGAAGUUUUAAUAAAGGACAUUGAGUCUGGAGAUUUUAUCCAAAUGCUAGAGUUUAUUUACACCGAAAAAAUUGUCUUUAAAUCGAUAAAUAAUGCAUGGUCGGUUUUGUACAUUAGUCAAAAAUAUUUCAUUAGUAAUUUGAAAAACAUUUGCGUAGAGUUUAUUUAUUUCAAUCUCACAAUACGCACCCUAUUGCUUAGUUACGAAUAUGCCAUUUUGUACAAUUUAAAUCAAUUACUCAAUAAGUGUUGGCGUGAUAUUCUAUUAACCGCAAAGGAAGUUUUGCAAGUAGACUACCAUAUGAAAGCGUCUACCUUUUGUGCAAUGCUCGAUGAAAAUGAAAUUAAUGCUCACGAAAUCGAUUUAAUUGAAGCUGCAAUUAAAUGGUCCGAAGAUGAGUGCAUUUUUCAGAAUGUUGACGUUACUGAAAAAAACAAGUUACAAAUUUUAAUUAACAGUGGAAUUUUAUCGCGGUUACGUUUUAGACCUUUGGGAAAGCAUUUGUGUCAGGGGCUGUAUCGAUUAUUGGCAAAUAACUUGGAUAAUUUAUCAGACUGCAGUGUCAAUACUAUUGUGGUGCAAAGGUACAGAAUGCCCUAUCACAUUAGAUAUAGAUUUAGAGAGGCCUAUAAAAUUGAACGAAAUUUAGUUUUAAGUAAUUUUAACGAAUUUCAUUGUCUUAUUAGUGUAGGACAUGAGGUGGUUAUGUAUGGUGUGGCCGUCACUCCACCACAUAAGGAUGGCUUUAGGGAAGCAUGUACAAAUGUAAUAGUAUCAAUUUUUGAUAAUAGUGGAGUUCUUUUAAGUCAAGCAAAAGAUAUUAUAAGAAUGGUCUCUGAUUAUGAAGUACCUCAUUUGGUUGGUUUACCUAAUGGUGUCAGGUUUAUGGCAGCUACAAAGUACAAAAUUUCCGUAACAUAUCUGUGCGAUUCAGAUUUAAGUCAACCAAAUGAAUUACUUUGUUUUUACUUAAGUUGUAGUAUUAAGACACUCACGAAUUCGCUGUCAAUAGAAUUCGACGAUCACUUGUAUGGAGGAAUUGUAAGAGGUAUGUCCUUUUAUGUCUUCUGAUUGAUUGGUAGUUGUCUUAACUUGUGGAAUCAAACUUACACAAUAUAAGGCAGGUCGAUUUUAGAGCACGUUAUCAACGGAAAUUAGUACAUAUUGGCUUUAUCCACUUUGGGGAAAGAUAGGUACCUAAAUAAAAAGUAUUUAGGUAUGUCUAUAUAAAGAAUUACCUAGUUGUAGAGUACCUAAACUUUACUAUUAUCAUUCAAAGAAUAAUUUGUUUUUUCUUCGUUCAUAUUUGAAAUGGUGUCUUGUAUUUCGAGAGCAAUAAAUUUAAAUUGUGUUUGAUUUCUUGUGAUUUACAAAAAAGUACUAAUAUAUAGAUCAGCGGUG